UCCACAUACACAUAUACACGUUGUAGAUUAGGUACUGUGUUUUCUCGGCCUGUCUUUUCCUCUCUAACCUUCUCUGGUUUUCCCGUUUUCUUUCCUCCAAAGCAAAAAAAAACAAAAGAAAAAAAAGUAGUAUUUACUAUUGAAAUCAAAACCGUAUUUUUUUUCUGGGUCUCUGUUGCUCUGAUCGAUCAAUCAUUCUUUCUUUGUGCAUCAUUCGAGGAAAUGUUGGUUAAUAUUGAUAAAUUUGGGCUUUUGGGUCCCAAAAUUUGAUGGAUUUUGCGCAAUGUCCUGUUCAUUUCGUGAUAUUUGGUUAAUCGUUAACUCGAUCUCUUUGGACCCAUCAAGGUUUGAGUUCUUUUUCCGUUUUUUGAUCUACAUUGGUACAUUUCUGAAGAUUUUGGCACAUUUUUCUUUGCAUGCUCUCUUGGAUUUUGAGCUUGUUUAAAGUCGUUUGGGAUCACUUAGAGCAAUAGGCACGAGGGAUUAUAGAAAUUUGUGGAAGUUCAUAUUGAUACCUCAAAAGGGUUUUAUUUUGAAGAUUUGAGCACUGCGUGUUUUGCACGUUUUGCUGACUUUCAGCUCGUUUGAGGUGUUUUUGGCAAGUUGUCAGAGAUUGUUGGGCUUUAUAGGGUGUUUUAUUUCUUUGGUAUUUGCUGGGUGUUAUAAAAUGAAGAGGUUAAAAAGUGAACCUCCUAGUGGUAGGAGGUGCAAAUUGUCACAUUUCUUGCUGGGUAUAGGAGCAUUAUACUUGGUGUUUUUAGCAUUUAAAUUUCCACACUUUUUAGAGAUUGCAGCAACGUUGAGCGGGGAUGAUAGUUAUGUUGGACUGGAUGUGGCUGCAGCAGGAGAUAUGGAAGAUUCGGAUUUGAGCAAACCGAUUUUCAGUUCUGUUUAUAAGGAUACAUUUCACCGGAAAUUGGAAGAUAACCAAAACCAAAAUGCACCAAGAAUGCCUAGUAAGGAACCUUUGCAAGAAGUAAAAGAAGUGUCUAAGCCCAUAAAGCCACUUCAGCACCGAUAUGGUCGAAUAACAGGAGAAAUUAUGAGACGAAAGAAUCGAACUAGCGAUUUAUCUGUGCUUGAGAGACUAGCAGAUGAGGCUUGGAUUUUGGGAUUGAAGGCAUGGGGAGAAAUGGAAAAGUAUGAUGAAAAAGAGAUUGCACAAAGUUCUGUAUUUGAGGGGAAGCCUGAGUCAUGCCCCUCGUGGGUGUCAAUGAGUGGAACGGAGUUGGCUGGUGGGGAAAAGAUGAUGUUCCUUCCAUGUGGUUUAGCUGCAGGGUCUUCCAUAACUGUGGUGGGAACACCUCAUUUUGCUCAUGAGGAGUAUGUACCUCAGCUGGCAAGGUUGAGGAUCCGUGAUGGCAUUGUUAAGGUUUCACAGUUUAUGGUUGAGUUGCAAGGGCUAAAGGCAGUUGAUGGGGAGGAUCCACCAAAAAUUUUACAUUUGAAUCCACGAUUAAGAGGAGAUUGGAGUAAGAGACCAGUCAUUGAGCAUAACACCUGCUAUAGGAUGCAGUGGGGGACAGCUCAGAGGUGUGAUGGUUUGCCAUCCAAGAAAGACGAGGACAUGCUGGUUGAUGGAUUUCUGAGAUGUGAGAAGUGGAUGCGACAUGACAUUGUAGAUCCAAAAGAGUCCAAGACAACAUCAUGGUUCAAGAGAUUCAUAGGGCGUGAACAAAAGCCAAAAGUGACCUGGCCAUUUCCUUUCGUGGAGGGGAGAUUGUUUAUCCUGACAUUGCGUGCUGGUGUUGAUGGGUACCAUAUUAAUGUUGGGGGUCGGCAUGUGACCUCGUUUCCAUAUCGUCCGGGUUUUACCCUUCAAGAUGCAACAGGAUUAGCAAUCAAAGGAGAUAUAGACGUUCAUUCAGUUUAUGCCACCUCUCUUCCUAGCUCUCAUCCAAGUUUCUCUCCUCAAAGGGUAUUGGAGAUGUCAGAGAAGUGGAAAGCUCUUCCUCUACCAAAGACUCCAAUUCAACUUUUUGUUGGGAUUCUUUCUGCUACUAAUCACUUUGCAGAACGUAUGGCAGUGAGAAAAACUUGGAUGCAAUCAACACCAAUCAAGUCUUCAGAUGUAGUAGUUCGUUUCUUUGUUGCACUUAGCCCUAGGAAGGAAGCGAAUGCAAUAUUGAAGAAAGAGGCUUCUUAUUUUGGUGAUAUUGUGAUAUUGCCAUUUAUGGAUCGCUAUGAGCUUGUGGUUCUUAAAACUGUUGCUAUUUGUGAAUUCGGGGUUCAGAAUGUUUCUGCUGCACAUAUCAUGAAAUGUGAUGAUGACACAUUCGUUAGGGUAGAUGCUGUCCUGAAAGAAAUUAAUAAUAUAUCUCCUGAAAAGUCUCUUUAUAUGGGCAAUCUCAACCUCUUACAUCGGCCGCUAAGAACUGGAAAAUGGGCAGUCACUUUUGAGGAGUGGCCAGAAGCAGUAUAUCCUCCUUAUGCCAAUGGGCCUGGAUAUGUAAUUUCCAGUGACAUUGCAAAAUUUGUUGUUUCACAACAUGAUAGUCGAAGCCUCAGGCUGUUCAAGAUGGAAGAUGUGAGUAUGGGAAUGUGGGUUGAACAAUUUAACAGUUCCACGCCUGUACAGUAUUCCCACAAUUGGAAAUUUUGUCAGUACGGAUGCAUGGAGGAAUAUUACACUGCACAUUAUCAAUCCCCAAGACAGAUGAUCUGUCUGUGGGACAAAUUGGUGAGAGGUGGGGCUCAUUGCUGCAACUUUAGAUGAUGACUACUGCCGCACCACAGAGUUCUCACAAAGUCCUUGAGAAGAUAACAGCAGCUCUUACUGCAUUAGCUGAUCAGAACUUCAUCUUCUUGUUCUCGUCUCUCCACGUGUUGCUGAUUCUUGUGCAUUUGAGUGAGUUCUAGAUAUGGCUGUGUAUCGAGUUUUCUGGAAGAAGGCGGACUGUUUGAUGUUGUAAUUGGAAAUGGAUCAUAGUUAGCUAAACACAUUUUGGCUUGAACUCAAAGCGUAUAUUUGUAUACCUUGCAUGAUGUACGUUCUGAUUUAGUUGGUUGGUAAGUGGGCAAGAAGCCUUAAAAUCAAUCCAACUUUAAUGAAAUCACCUUUUUUUUGUGGGUUUCUUUCAAA